AUGAUUUUAACAGGAGGAACUAUUAAUGUUACGACUAUUUUAACCAGAUGGAAUAUACCUGUAUGUGUAACAUCGACGGUUCCUCUUGCUAGUGGAACGUGUAAUGAUAGAGGUUUAUGUAAAAAGGGAAUUGAAGUUGAAAAGGAUGAACAUAAAAAGUUAUUAUUA